AUGGAACGGCAGGACCCUGAUACUCCCUGCACCCCGCCUGCCGUCAUUCGUGAUACUGAUUCCCGAUCGACUCGUCCAUCACUAUCGUCAUCGCCCUCGGCCUUUACGCUUACACAAGCUCACCAGCGCCGCUCGACGACACCCAUCUCCUCUCGCCCACCGACGCCGGCGAGCAACACAUCUACGCCUGCAGCACCAGGCCGAAGCCCGCUCUGGACAUCAGAGCCUACACUUCGAUUCCCUCGCCCACAAGGCAGCCGGCACCUCGCCAACUGGAUCUCGUCCAGCAACCCCGACAUCAUGCGUGUCACAACCACCUCCGAGGACGUCGGCUUGUCCGAGUCCACAUAUGAACUAAUCUCGGGCACCGACACCGAGUCCCAGGACGGCAACUAUACUGGCUCUAUCAGCGAGUCCGUCGGCUCCCUCGACUUCCACCGUCCCGACGACGUACACAGCUUCGCCGGCACCGAGCAGACCAACGACGACGAAUCGCUUGCCGAUGAAUAUGAGCCUCUUUCUCAACCCUCCCAGCAGGACUCCGAAGAAGGUCCCGAAACCACUGCCGCCGCGCAGACUUCGCCGCAAGAGCAGAGCUGGGCAACUGUUGUCAAGAACGGGUCGCAUCCCGAGGUUGAACAGGAGCCUGAGCCCCAACACCAACCCGAACCCGAGGUCAACGCCGAAUCCGAGUCCGAAUCAGAGGAUGAGGGCCUCUCAAGAACGUCUCUUGAUUAUACCCAGCAGAGCCUCAAGGCUCCGUCGAUUCCCACCCCCGACGCUAGCAAUAUCAUGCAACCACCUUCUCCUGAUGAUAUCGAGGAGGAUGCAGACACCAAGCGGGCAAGAUUCCACACAUGGCUCAGAGGCGUACAGGCCACAGAGGCCCGCCCUUGGCAAUCAGUGUUGGAUGCUGCAAGUUCGGCACUUCCAGGCCUGCUCUUUGCCCUUGUCCUGGCGGCUUUGAUCCCCGUCUUCCUCUCCCCACCUUCCAACACUGCGGCACCCCACACCCCCGCAGCCACUUCCGCUCUCACGACUGCCCCCACUCCAUUGUCCUUUACUUCAAGAGCCUCGUCGUCGACGCCGAGAGUCCAGCCCACAUCGACUCGGGUGGCCGAGCUGUUCCCGCUCGAGAACAUCCAGCCCAAUAAUUGGCGCUUCCCGGGCCCGAAACCCGAUGUGACGGUCACCAGGCACAAGGGCAACUUCCUCAUCCAUGUGGCCCAGGAUGUCAAGGAUUCUUGGCUCUCCAGAAAGUGCCUCCUUUUUACGGCCCAGCGUGGCGAAGAGAAUGUCCGGUUUUCUGUUUCGUCUGUUGACGAAGGCCUGCUUCUCAAGUUCCCGAACGAAGAGGCGCAUGGCACAGUCAAGGUUGACAUCCGUACUACUUGCUGGCCAAGAAUUGGCAAGACCCUUCGGAUCACCUUUGAGAAGGGCAUUAUUUCAGAAGCUCUGGAACUAUCCAAAGCCUUCGCUCAGAACCUCCCUGAGCUUGUUCCCGCUGCUGCUCAAGAGGCAGAGCGGCGCCUUGAGGGAGCCAAGCGCUCGCUGGAGACAGCCACUGACAACCUCAUCAUGACAUCCGACAGUCUGCUCAAGACUCUCACUGCCAGGUUCCAUGAAACCCACCGAUCUCUUGGUUGGAUCAAGAAGGACAUUCGAGACCGCGUUAGACUCGCUAAGGAGGACGUCUCAAAGAGGCUCGAGGACGUGGCGGACCAGGUCAAGCAGCAUCUCCCCAACGCUGACGUUGUGCAACAGCAGGCUCGACUGGGUCUACUUGAUGCUCAGAUCUCGGCCAAGCUUUGGUGGCUGAAGUUGACAGCCGGCAACGACGAGCAUACCCGAUAUCAGCUCAAGGCCAAGGAGUUCAUGGCCAGAAAGCUGGCCGAAAUCAAGAACCGCCGAAAGCUCGCGCACGAAACGACGAAGCAAAAGGCCUACGAGCCUCUUUGGGCCAAGAUGCUUGGUGGCACUCGAUGA